ACGCGGCACGUACACUUUACAAUAAAUUUCAUCAUCCAUCGAGAAAAUGGCGGAGUGAAAUAUUUGCGGCCAAAGCUCCUCGUGCAAUUUUAUUGCACCCUUUACAACCAUGGAUUCUCAACGACGCGCCCAAGCUCUCUCUCACACAUCGAUUAUAGAUGGCCAGAACUUAUCACAAAUCCAAAAUGGAAGACAUCUCGUUAUUUUCGACAUCCGCAGUGUUAGAAGAGCUCGAGCUCUUCGACCCUCUUCCCGCCAUAGGAGAAGACGGGUUCUUAGAUGAGUAUGACGUGUACAGUUUUAUGGAAGACGCUUGUGUGAAACCUCCUCCUAACUUGCUAGCUGAAGAUCUUCUGCAAGAAUUUGAAAUCGAUGCUGGCAAUGGCCUGUUGGAUGCUGACUGGAUGACAGAAAAACUGGAAUUCAGCAACACGGAGCCAGUGGCUUUCCAAGAGACUGACACAUGUGUAAAUCUUGGUGGAGUGGAUUUGACAACCUUGGAAGUGGUCACUGCUGUAACAAGUGAGCCUGAGAACACCACCGAUACCUCAGAAAGCACGAUUCCAGUAACAACAGAUCAGUCUGCAGACAACAUUUUUGCAAAUGUUGAUGAAAUACUCAAGAGACUCUGUGCAGAUAAGAAGAUACUCCUCAUUGAAGAGCAACCUAGUAGCCCCACAUCCCCGUUACAGAGUGUUCCUGAUGUUGAGAUGAACUCUCCAACUGCACUCCUUUCCCCAAAGUCAGAUGUGAGUGAUGAAAGCACUUCACUGGCCUGUUCAGAAGGGGAGAGUUUCUCUUGUCCUUCAUCACCAGAAACGCCUGUCAGGAAAAGUGAUGUGACACCCCUUUCAACAGUUACAACUCGGCCAAAGCCAACAUACUUUGCGCCAUACCCAAAGGAAAAGCCUGCUAAGGUUAGAAGUCCAUUACAAAAGAAGAGGAAGCGUGAGCAAAACAAAGAUGCUGCUACUCGUUAUCGCGUUAAGAAACGCGAGGAACAGGAGCUUGUCCAAAAAGAACUUACUGGGUUGGAAAAAGAUAAUGUUGACCUGAAGGAGCAAGUUAUGUCUUUGUCUAAGGAAAUUGAGUACUUGAAAAACCUGAUGCUUGAAGUUUAUAAAACCAAGCUACAAAAACAGUGUUUGCUUGCUUCAUAAGAUUAAGUAAAAGUCAUUUUUGCGUAAAUAAAGUUAAAAAAGCUAACAUUUUUGCUAUUUCCAAGUGAUAUGCAGUUUGCCAAGCUUCCCAGUUUUUGUUUUGAUAUAAUUUCUCAAUAUUUUUAAGCUGUUUUACAGCAUGAUUUGUAUAUUAAAGGAUUUUAGACAUGAA